AUGGAGAAUAAACCAUCCUGGCACGAAGGUCUGAGGCUCCUGGCACGAAGGUCUGAGGCUCCAGUCACGGGUGCUCUGGGGAAGGCUGAAGUGGUGGAGCAGGAAAGAUCCACAAGUUUUGGGGAUGAGAACCUCUCAGGGCUGGCUACAGGUGGAAGGAAUGACGGAGCAGAAGGGUCUCUUGCAACUGGCACUUACCCCGAGCAGGAGCAGCUGAAGAAGCAGCCACCAACACCCACAGCCUGUGCCAUCCGCCUGGGAAUGAGCAGGGCUGGGGAGGGAGAGACACCACGGAAAGGCAGAGCAGCAGCAUCAGCUCUUCCUCACACCUUCAUCGACCACACCUUCAUCGACCACACCUUCCUGGACCACACCUUCCUGGACCACACCUCCAUCAAUCACACCUUCCUGGACCACACCUCCAUCAAUUACACCUUCAUGGACCACACCUUCAUCAAUUACACCUUCAUGGACCACACCUUCACGGACCACACCUUCAUCCACCACACCUUCAUGGACCACACCUUCAUGGACCACACCUUCACGGACCACACCUUCAUCCACCACACCUUCACGGACCACACCUUCAUCCACCACACCUUCACGGACCACACCUUCAUCAACCACACCUUCAUCGACCACACCUUCACGGACCACACCUUCAUCGACCACACCUUCCUGGACCACACCUUCAUCGACCACACCUUCAUCAACCACACCUUCCUGGACCACACCUCCAUCAAUUACACCUUCAUGGACCACACCUUCACGGACCACACCUUCAUCCACCACACCUUCAUGGACCACACCUUCAUCGACCACACCUUCAUGGACCACACCUUCAUCAAUUACACCUUCAUGGACCACACCUUCACGGACCACACCUUCAUCCACCACACCUUCAUGGACCACACCUUCAUCAACCACACCUUCCUGGACCACACCUUCACGGACCACACCUUCAUCAACCACACCUUCCUGGACCACACCUUCAUCAAUUACACCUUCAUGGACCACACCUUCACGGACCACACCUUCAUCGACCACACCUUCACGGACCAUACCUUCAUGGACCACACCUUCCUGGACCACACCUUCCUGGACCACACCUUCAUCCACCACACCUUCAUGGACCACACCUUCACGGACCACACCUUCAUCAACCACACCUCCAUCGACCACACCUUCAUCAACCACACCUUCCUGGACCACACCUUCAUGGACCACACCUUCAUCAGUCACAUCACGAUCCAGAGCUGGCCAAGCACUGCCCUUUCCUCAACAGGCAGGAACAAGCCUGGAGAUGCCCAAUUCUCCUCCUUUCCAUCCUCCUCCCCACGGCUCCCGAUGGACAUUCCAGCCCAGGACACCCUCCAGGGGUGGGCUCAGGACCCCGGGGGGACAUUCUCCAGCACCAUCUGCUGCUUUUAUUUCUAUUCACAGAAACUGUUUGCUGAAUCUGACCCAAAUUCACAGACAGCUUUGCCUCCUCCACUCCAAAACUACAUUUCUGGCCUCCUUUUGACGGGGAAUAAAGAAGAGCUUGCAGGAACAGGAGAAAAAUGGGCUGAUCUAUUUUGCCAUUAAAGCCGAGCUUGGCUUGGGGUUAUCGUCAAAGCUGUUUGAAAAGCACAUCUCACUUCUCCCCAUCCCCAGCCCUGCUGCUGGCAUGAAUCAA